CUGGCGGCGACCUUUGAUCUUUUUCUCUUCCCUCUCGACACCCCGUCCUCAUAGCUCCCCCGACCCGACCCGACCCGACCCCGACCCGAUCAGGCUCUCUGGCUCCUCCUCCUGCAAUGCCCCUCACCCAAAACCCCCCCGUCCCUGCUUCGGCCUCUUCCAAGAAGAAGAAGGUCAAGAAGCCCAUCUCUCCCGAAAAGUACAACGCUCUCCUCGCCAGCAAGUACCCUUUCAACAUCAGCAACUCCAACGCCAAGGGCCGCCACGCUCUUGCCACCACCGACAUUGCUCCUGGAACGAUUGUCUAUGAAGAGAAGGCCUAUACCCUGAUCGUCGCCCACCCCUCCAAGGACCAGUUCUGCCACCACUGUAUCGAGCCCAUCAAGGAGGAGGCAAAGGACGAGAUCAUCCGGUGCGAGGCCUGCGACAGCGUCCUGUACUGCGGCAACGAGUGCAAGGAGCUCAACGCCGCCCACCACGAGCUCGAGUGCCCCGUCCUUCCCAAGCUCGUUGAGAUUGCCCAGGAACACAACAUCAACGUCGACCUCUUGAGACUCAUCCUCGGCAUCUUGACCCGCAAGACCCUGCAAGAGUCCGGUAACGAGAGCAGCCAUGACUCUCUCUCUCCCUGGGACUGCGUGGUUGAUCUCUCUGUUCACCGCGAGGCCUUUGACAAGACUUGGAUCAAGAGCAUCUCCGAUGCCGCUGCCAAGGUGGUCGAGCUGCUGCCCGAGAACAUGAAGCUUCCCACCAACGAAGUUGUUGAUUUGGCUUGCCGAAUCAACUCCAACGCCCACAGCAUGCAAGACACCGAGGGCAAGACCCAGGUGGCUGCCUUUGGUCUGUUCCCUCUCGGAAGCCUUUUCUUCCGACACAGCUGCGCCCCCAAUGUGCACUUUUCUGGCGAGAAGGGCCGAUUCACUUACCGUGCCAUCAAGGAAAUCAAGGCCGGCCAGGAAAUCCUCGUCUCCCACGUUGCCGAUCUGUACGCCCCUCGCUCGGACCGUCGCCAGGAGCUCAUGAUCUCCAAGCACAUCAAGUGCGACUGCUCGCGCUGCAAGGUGCCCAUGGCCAAGUCCUUGGACCGUUUCGUCGACGGCUUCCUUUGCGAGAGCUGCCACACCGGCAUCUAUCUGCCCGAGUUCCAGGACAUCCCCGUCGAGGCCAAGGAAGGCGAUGUUGUCCCUGCUGAGGAAAGCCAGACCCCCCAGCGGCGAUUGGUCAUCAAGUGCGACCACUGCGACUACGUUGCCAACGACCGCAGACUCGCCGAGAUCCGCAACAACCUUGUCCGCGAGUACAAGGCCAACAUCGAGCUCCUGCAGCAGCAGAACCUCAAGGAUGCUUCCAAGGGCCUCCAGACCUGGAUCGAGACCUAUGCCACCGGCGGCCGUUACGUCCACCCCUACAACGCCAUUCUACUCAACACUCGUGUCAACCUCCUGAACGUCCUCACGCUCCUCGGCGAGUUCGAGGCCGCCCUGCAGGUCAACCGCGACCUCAUCGCCACCUACGAGGCCUCAGAGCUGAUUCCCCGCAACUGGCCUGACAUGGCCGAGCUCUACAACAACCUCGGCGAGCUCAUGGCCCAUGUUGCCAAGCUCAGGCUCAAGGCCCCUGUUGAGCCCGAGGCCGACACUCCCCGACAGCACCAGCAGCCGACCAACCGCUCCCAGCUCAAGGGCAGAGCCGCUAUCAACGCCGCUGCCUCUUCGAAGAAGCCUCUCACCCCGGCCCAAGUUGCCAAGGCUAACGAGGCUGCUUCCAAGAAGCUGGCCAAAGAGGCCCUGGGUGCCUUUGCUCGCGCAUACGAAAUCAGCUCGGUUGUCUUUGGCGAGGAUAGCAAGAAGGCUCAGGAGUACAAGGCCAAAGCCAAGAUCUAAGUGUCGCCGGCCGGCGGUUAUGACUGGAUAUAUCGUGCAGUGAUCGACGCAUGGGUAGUUCUUUCCUGUAUCCACACGUGCAGCUUUUCCAAGAAAUGAUGACGGGACGCCCCGCAUAAUCUCCAGG